GGAACCCUAACUCUCCAUCCUUUUUUUCUCCGGCUCCCGCCUCGGCGUCCAUAAAUCACGACAGGAAGCAGAGAUAUGCUUGUGCGUGUGCUUACGUCGAUUCACAAUAUGUGUUGAAGGUGGCUGGAUCUCUCCGUAACGGCAAUGGCGGGUCUAGGGGAAGCCCGAGAGCCUCAGUCUUGGCAAUGGAGGAGAUACCCAAUUUUUCUACCANUUCUAAUGUUGGUUCUCCUUAAAGGGAUUCACAUAGAUUCAUUUCCUACAUCAUCAGUGAGAGCAAUUGGACUAGCUGCUCGCAGUGCUCUUACACAUCAAUCAGAUAGCAUGGUUUAUGAUUCCAAAAUGUAGCGGGCAAUCUUUUGGAGAUUCUGCUUAGAAAAUAAAUGUAUAGCAGUUUCCUCCAUUUUUGAGAAGGAAGUUUAGAACAUGGAAGAUAAAGGGAAGGGCCAGAAGUUGUGUCGGGAGAAGACUCUCUGCCUAAGUUGAGGGAAAUGAGCACAUCAAGCUGGAGUAGAUCUGUUAACGAAGAGAAAGAGCUUGGCCUUGUCAGAUUGAGCUACCUUGAUUCCUAAUAACUGGGCAACCUAUCACAGGCCACUAUACAAGAUUUUGGAAUGCUUCCUCAAGGAUAAUUUGGCUGUACCCCAUCAAGAUUUUGGCAAUAGAACUACUGGUGUGGGAAAUUCACAGCUUUUGGCUCUCCCAAUAUAACUAACAAUAUGGAAACAUGGAUUUUUGACUGGGACGAUAGUUUGAGGAUGAGAAUGGUGGAAAAUUUUUCACUAGAAUGAAGGAUGAUUUUUUCAAUGGGGAAAGCAUGUGAAAGUCUCUGUGUCAUUUUUGAUGAGCAUAAACUUGGUGAUUCCUUUGGCCCCCAAUGAGAAAACUAGAGGUUCGGUUCGUUUUGCUCGUACUGCAAAAUUGAAUUUGCGAGGAGAGAUUGGUAGAAAAAACAGAGAAGCUGACGGACGUGCCAAAAGGAUGCCACAGGAUGAGUUUGAUGGAGAGGCUUUGGAGUAAUCCUCUAGGCGGCAACCCAAGGAAAUGCACACUGUUGGUUUUGACACAUUCAAGCGCCAGAAGCAGUAAUUUCUCCUAAGCUCCGUAGACUCUGUUGUGAGAAGUGAAUAUUGGUUAAGGGGCUGCCGUUGCUUUUGUUUGUGGAAAGUCUCUGCAACAACUUCCUCUAUGACCACAAACACUGAGCCGAAAGGCAAUGACGCCCAUAUCGUUUACAUGGGGCAUUCUUCCGGCGAGUCGAAAGCCACAAAAGCUGCCCAUGUAAAGCUCCUCGAGGACGUCCUUGGCAGCCCUUUGGCUGCGCGGGAAGCCAUGUUGUACUCUUACAAGCAUGGGUUUUCCGGCUUUGCCGCUCGGUUGACCGAGGCCCAGGCCGAGACUGUAGCCGCUAUGCCCGGAGUGGUAUAUGUGUCAAAGAGCCGGAAGCUCAAGUUGCAUACAACCAGAAGUUGGGAUUUUCUGGGGCUAUCACUUGGAGCCGGAGCUCAGCCACCCCAUUAUGGUAAAAUGGGGGAAGGGUCUAUCAUUGGACUUAUAGACACGGGAGUUUGGCCCGAGUCCCCAAGCUUCAAAGACGAGACAAUGGGCCCCGUGCCGAAGCACUGGAGGGGCAUAUGUCAGAGCGGGGUGCAGUUCAAUGCCUCGCAUUGCAACCGGAAGCUGAUCGGGGCCCGGUUUUUCGCCAAUGGAGCUGGGCCUGCUGCCCACUUUUACGGCAGUUUCUUAUCGCCGCGUGACUCCAUCGGUCAUGGGACCCACACGGCCGCCACUGCCGGGGGCUCCGUUGUCCCCGGUGUGAGCAAUGAGGGCCUCGCCCGAGGAGUGGCCCGUGGUGGUGCUACGCGGGCCUGCCUUGCCGUGUAUAAAGUUUGCUGGAUGGAGACAUGCGAUGAGUCGGAUAUCUUGAAGGCAUUCGACAUGGCGAUCCACGACGGGGUGGAUAUCAUCAGCAUCUCCAUCGGGCGACACUUCCCGCUAUUCCCCAACGGUGACCAUCACGAUUCCAUCUCGCUGGGAUCCUACCAUGCGGUCGCCCGUGGGAUCACGGUGGUCGCGUCUGCGGGGAACACGGGCCCCGAUUCAUACUCGGUCGUAAAUGUCGCCCCGUGGCUAAUCACCGUUGGGGCGUGCACUACCGACCGCCGAUUCUUGGCCGGUAUAACCCUCGGAGACAAUUCAACCUUCUGGGGGCAGUCUUGGUACACCGGCAAGGCCCUGGACGGCUUUCGGGAAAUCGUCUAUCCAGAAGCCACGGGCUUGGACAACAAUGCGUGCGGGGGAGGGAAUCUGGAUGGGAAAGUCACGGGAAAAAUUGUGCUGUGCUUCAGGACUGAUAAUGUCCAGAGUAUGCUAGCGGCAGCGAGUGCUGUGGCACAGGCAGGCGGAGUGGGUUUGAUAUACGCCCAACGCCGUGACGACAAUCAUGUCCCCUCCACCAUCCCGAGUAUCAAGGUUGAUAUGGAGGUUGGGACUCGCAUCCUCGCAUAUAUUAAGCAAUCAAGGACGCCCAUGUCCAAGGUGGGUGCACCUUCCAAUGUCAUCGGCGAGGUGGCCUCGCCAAGGGUGGCCCUUUUCUCGUCCAGGGGGCCUAAUUCAUUAUUUCCACAUAUUCUCAAGCCCGAUAUCGUGGCCCCAGGAGUUGAUAUAUUGGCGGCAUAUCCGUCGAUACAUGGAGUCCCAACCUACCAAAUUGAUUCGGGGACAUCCAUGUCCACACCCCAUGUAGCCGGGGUAGUGGCCCUCAUCAAGGCUGAGCACCCAGGUUGGUCACCUGGGGCCAUUCGCUCAGCGCUCGUAACCUCUGCAUGGUCAUCUCAAAGAGAUGGGGACGACAUUCGAGAUGGAGGGCACAUGGAUAAGGUUAGCAACUUGUUCGACAUUGGUGGCGGGUUUGUCAACCCGAUAGGGGCUCUUGACCCGGGUCUAGUGUAUAACACCACCAUGGAGGACUACCGUAUGGCGCCGACCAUGGACCACCUCAUCAACCUCCCAUACAUCAUCCUUCCGGACCUUGGUGCAAAAACAAUAACAGUGAUCCGGACAGUCACUAAUGUGGGUCCGAACACCUCCAUCUACGAGCAAACUACUUUGGCUCCUUUUGGAACAACAAUGAAAGUUGAACCGAAGACUUUGCUGUUCAAUGGCACAAAGACAGCAAAUUUUCAGGUAACGUUUACCCGAACCAUCAAGUUCCAAGGUGGAUUCAGCUUCGGAAGUCUUACUUGGAGUGAUGGACAUCGUCGUGUUCGAAUCCCUGUGGCUGUCCGUAUAAUUGAUUUUGGUGUGUUUGGUGAUGUAUAAUUGAGUUAGUUAAUUGUUUAUUAGCGCUAAUUUUGGGGUGGAAAUUGCUCUUAAAUCAUCAUUUUUUGCUCUUAAACCAACCACGAUAUUAUGUAAAUUAUUUUUAUCAGUCUAUUUGUCUAAUUUAACUUUUUCAAAGAAUUUACAUGAAUUUUAAUCAUCAUCAAUUAAUUACAUGUUACAUU